UGGAAAUUCUACUUCUCUCAUAAGGAAGCAGAUAAAAAGUGGAUAACACCUCGGAUGAGAAGACGGCUGUCCAUUAGUAGUCCCCUAGGGGGCGGCGACAGUACGGCGGCUUGCGGACACCUGUUCCCUACUGGGCCGUCGGGCUCGGAUACUCGGGACCAGAUGCAUCAGGGCCGGCUGAGACUGCGGCCGUGGCUGGAAGAGCAGAUCCGGUCGGAGAAGUACCCAGGCGUAACCUGGAUCGAUGAGACGGCCGGCGUCUUCCAGAUCCCAUGGAAACACGCCGCCCGACACGGCUGGAAUAUCGACAAGGACGCCACCUUAUUCCGAAACUGGGCCAUGCACACCGGGAGGUACAAGCCUGGCAUCGACAAACCCGAUCCCAAGACCUGGAAAGCCAAUUUCCGAUGUGCCCUCAACUCCCUGCCAGAUGUGAAAGAACUGCAUGACAGGAGUAUCAAGAAGGGCAAUAACGCAUUCAGGGUCUACAUGAUGCUGCCCUCUGUUAAACCGGCUAAAAGGAGAAGAGGACCAAGGGAGUCAGACACAGACUUCAGAUACACGGCAGGAAGGUAUUUCUCGUACCCCGACAGCAUCCCGGCUGGUGCAUGCACCCCACUGGAACACUAUCCAGACACCUGCUGCAGGUACAUGGAUGAUGGGCCGCACGUGCAGGAAGUACUGCAACCUAGAGAAGGCCACGCUACCUCUGCCACACCAGACAAAGCUCAGGACUACUAUUUUACGCAGCCCCCAUACUCCUCUGAUCCAAAUGGGAAUGUGCAUAGCCCUUCAGGAAAUAACGAACAUACACAAGCUGUAAUGAAGAUAGUGGAGCAUCUGAAGAACACAGAGCAGUGGACUCAGUCUCAUGACAGCGGCUGGAGCUGGGGUGGCUUUUACUCAGGUGAAGGAAUGGAUCAUUCUACAUCUCUACAAACAAGCUACCACAGCUACAGUGGGCAACAAAGACCUUUUUUCUCUUAACUUCAGGUGAGCAGAUAAUAUCAUGGGAUUCAGGGACUCCGCGGGGACCUUGUAGAUGAACAUGGACAUGUCCUGCCAUAUUUGUCAGCCCAGAUAUCCUGCACCUUCCUCAGCCCAUACUUCCUCCAGCUUCCUGCCUGCUUCCACCAGCAAGGUUUUCUGUCUCUCUGGGACAACUGCAGAUUUCCUUAAGAGAGGGAAGAGAUAACAGGCGCUUCCAUACCGUAAGAACUUUUUUCGGAAACCAGAACCUCUUUUCAGUACCUACUCCAAACCAGGUACUUUUUGUUUGAACACAAACUACUGGGGCGGCGCUUUCAGUGAUAACUUGCUAAUUAGUUGACCACAGGCAUUGGCGCUAACUUGCAAAUUACACAGAACAAUUAUUUUUAUACUUCAGUUACAUUUAAUGAAUGCAUUUUAUGCUUGAGUCUUCAUAUUUGACUAAUAACCAGUACACUUUUGUCUAAUAUGGCCAGUGCGGGCAGUGAAACUUAACAGUGCUUAUUAGUGAAAUAUGUUACACUGUAUUUUAUCCUAUGCAACGGAAAGAUCAAUCUGCUGGCCAGAUUUAAUGAGUUAUGUUGCAUGAAUAAAAUAUAAAUAAAAUGCUAUGUUCUAUUUCAUCACGAUUGCCCCCCCCCCAAAUAACUGAACAUGAACAAAAGAGCUCUUUGUUGUUUUGGGGUGGCAGUUUAGUUAACCCUAAACCUAACCCCUAUCCCUAUGAGCUUUUCUUAUCUUCCAUGCUUAUUUAGCACAAAGGUCUCAGUUCCUGUUGUGUGCUGUGAAAGUGACACACGCAGUGUCCAGGAGCUGCAAAAGUUCCAGGUUGAAACAGCCCAGGAACUCGUAAUGAGGGACCAGGGUCUGGAACUUCAGUGUGAAAGUGCCUUUUGAAUAAAGCUGAAAUGCAGUGGCUUGCCUGGCAAGCAUCUACAGAUAUGCAAAGAAGAAGUGUUUUAACUGUCUUUUAUAUAGCUAACAUAUUUAGCAGUGAAUUUGUACGGUAAUUUUUUUUUUUGGUUACUACAAAAUAUUUGCAAUCUAACCUUUGUUAAAAUAUAGCAGCUGUUUUUAAUUCAUGACUGUUUUUAAUAAAAGUUAUUUGUACUUUGGUUUUACAACAA